GCAGUUUUGUAUUUAGCCAUUCCAGUCCCGUCGUCAAAAGGGUGUCUCUUCGCGGCUCUGCGGUACAUUACUAGGCAUUUGUCCUUCUCUCAAAACAUCUCUCGAUCGCUUUUUCCUCAAUCUAACUCUACAAAUUCGAGGACGACACUGCAACUCGCACCACUGCCGGACGCCUCACAUUAUCAAGAUUUAUUUCGACAUGGAGCUUUUUAGCUUCGAAAAAUGGGGUGUGUCCGCAAGUGGCUUCGACUCCUCCAGGUCAUUCGUCCGCUCGCAUUUCAUCUCGCCGCUCCUUCUCGCCAUAAUCCGUGCUGUCCUGUCGAUAUACUGUUUCACCACGAUCAUCAUCGGCUAUAGUUGGCUCGCCAGUAACAUCGCCACUCAGAAGCUGAAGGACGUUAACAUCGGCUCAUACACUAUCCACCAAAACGAAACAUCCAUCGCACAGACCUUCAGUUUCUUCACGUUCCUCACAUUUUGGUCGCUGGGCUUUUACUUCAUGAUCUCCAGUAUACAUACCUUCAUGUACACCUUCAGGCAACGAACUUGGCUGCAUAGUUGGCCGCGAGUAUUACAGCUGCUGCACAGCAUGUUCUUCUCGACCAUGACAACGUAUCCCUUUCUCGUCACAAUUGUGUUCUGGGGCACGAUGAAUAGUGGAUGGCCCGCGGGCCGCUUUGAGCAGUGGCUCAAUAUCUCUGUUCACGGUCUCAAUUCUGUGUUCGCGAUUACUGAGAUUGUACUUUCUGCUACUCAACCGUUGCCAUGGAACCACCUCAGCGUCAUUCUUCUAGGACUAUCUGCGUAUCUUGGUCUGGCGUAUUUGACGAGGGAUACACAGGGGUUCUACGUGUACGAGUGGAUGAACCCGGCGCAUGGAAAUGUCAGCAUUAUCCUACACAUCUUGGGAUACGCGGCGGGUGUGCUCACAAUCUUUGUCUUGGUGCGCUACACUAUUGUUGCACGGAAUGUAAUUGCGCUGAAGAUGAGGGAUGGGAGGAAAGAUUCUCUGGAAAAAGAUCUCGGACAGGAAAGCGAUUCGGAUGCUUGGUCGGCUGAGGUGGUGGUGGUCAGGCCGAAGGAGGUGCAUAAGCAUGCUGAUUCACCUGUUUGA